UGUCAAGAUGAAGAUCAAGAUCAUAUCAAAAGAAUUCUCUGAAAGUAUCUGUUUUUACUGUAUUCAUUACUCGCCUAGCAAAUUCAUUACAGUUCAGCGUGUUGCAUCACAAAGGAGAGGUGCAAUGUGUGGGAUGAGCUGUACUUAGAAUAUAAGAAAGGGAAACUUUAUUCCAUCCAUCCAGUGAGAGAAACCUUACCAGUGGCUGGAAAGGAGUCAACCCGAGGAACAGCUUUGGCAAUUACCUGCAGUGAUUGAAGAAUUGUUGGAGUCAACAAGAGCACUUAUGACAAAGUAUUCAUCUUAUCCAUACUUCUGACACUAAUUAAUGAAAUAAUCAGAAAAAUAGUAAUGAGUAAAUAUGAAUAAGAGACAGUAAAUUGUGAAUGGCAUACAAAUUAUAAUAGUAACACAUAAUUUACCAUGGAUAGUGGAAAGUUAACUUUCAUAAGAGAAAUUUGGAGGACUGGGAAAGAUUUAGGUCUUCCAAAUGCUGACAUUGACCAUAUAUUUACUUCUGUCAUUUAUGAAGAAGAAUACAAAGAACAGCAGUCAUGCCAAAGGACACAACGAGAUGAGAAUUGUAGCAAAAAGAAAGGGUUUGCAAAAGUGUGGAAAGUGCGUGUCAUUGCUUCAGCAGCAUUUAAAUUGUGUGCCAUUGCAACAACUAUCAGCAUCUUAUGUUUGGCAUUCAUAUACCUCCACAACCCAUCCAAGAAGCUGGUCAUGCGAAACAUUCAAGACAUGAUAUAUCCAUUUUUAACUUCUCUUCGAUACAUUACUUUACCAGUACUUGAGAGGUACCCUCACCUUAGCCAGUGGUAUUCUGAGGAGUGCUUGAUCAAGAAUGCUUUUUUUGAUCAGUUAAAUAUAGACUGCUCACCAUGUGAAGGUGAAAAUUCACCAGUGUAUACAGAAAGUUUGAACAGUUUUUCUAGUGUAUAUUAUAACAGUGGAAAGCUAGUGGUGAUUUCAGAUGCCAUGCAUAAUAUUGUAACUGUUAAAAGUAUUUUAAAUAUGGUAGACAUCAGUGAAGAAAUUAAUUCUGGAUCAUUUCGGCUUUCAUCAGGAAAUAAAGAACUUAAUUUAGGUACACAUGAUUGGGGAUUACAUUUACCUAAGGAUGAUAUUCAUAUUGAGUGGAAAAUAAAUAAGUUAGAAACACUACACUUUGUUCGUAAAGCGUUUCCUCGGGUGUACUUUAUUCCUCAGGAGACAGAAGUAUCUCUUCACAGAUAUUUAUUUAUUGAUGGACCAAGAUCUGGCUCAUACCCUCUACCCCUAACAGAGUUUGCAAACAUUGUCCUCAUGCAGGGUGAAGGUAAAAGUUCAAUAACAAUGAUUCCAUCCAAUCACUGUAAGACUGCCUGUAAGGCCACUGAUAUUGUCUUGAAUCCCUCUCAGGUGCUAUUUUUUAACUGGGUGUAUUGGAGACCAGUAAGACAAGGAGGAAAUUAUACAUCACUUUUACUGAUGAGCUCUUUCUAUUAAAUAGUGAACAUUUGAUAGCUGUAGGCUGAAAGAACUAUAUUAUAAACUUGUCAUAAGUUCUAGUUUCUGCAAUUAGGAUUAGUGUCCUAUACAUGUAUUUUCACAAAUGUUCAUUUUUCCUUGAAAAAUGUUGAUUACAAUUUUUAUUUAUUUAUUUAUUUAUUUUAUAUCGAGAAGCCUGUUAAAUUGCAGAGAUUUAAACAUUGUAUUUGUAAUAAAUAAUUUAGCAAGAAGGAUGUAGAACUGCAGGGACUGGAACAUUGUAUUUAUAAUAAAUUAUAAUGUCAAA